UCCUCGCGACGCGCACACCCCGCCUGGCAGCUGGCGCCCCGGGCCUGGGGCCGCGGUGGCUAGAGGGGUUUGAGGGAGGGCGGGAGCGAGCGAGAGAGCUAGGGAGGGAGGCCGCCCCCCGUGCCCCUCCUCCUCGCCCUCCUCCUCGGCCGCCGGUCCCUCCUCCCACGGCCUCCCUCCUCCCUCCCUAGCUAAGACAUCCCCGCACGGCCGGGCCGCCGCGGCCACCUUCCCUGCCCCGAGCUGCAGAUGUGGCGGAGCGGCCGGGCGCCGGGCGGCCGUGCCAGGGGAGCCCGCGCCCCGUGAGCCUCGCGUCCCGGCCCCCGCCCGCCCCGGCCCUUCCCCUGCUCGCCCCCCGCUGCCCCCCGACCGCCGGAGCCCGCUGCAGGAGCCCGAUCGCCCUGCCGCCGAGGUUCCUGCCUGAAGACCAGCUGGGUACUACAUUCUGCCUGCUGCUUUCUCUGACCCUCCCUAUCACCAUGCACUCCUUGGACGAGCCGCUGGACCUGAAGCUGAGCAUCACCAAGCUCCGGGCGGCAAGAGAAAAAAGGGAUCGGACACUGGGUGUGGUCAGGCACCGUGCUCUGCAGAGGGAGCUGGGUCUAGUGGAUGAUAGCCCUACACCUGGCUCCCCGGGUUCCCCACCCUCAGGCUUCCUGCUGAACCCCAAGUUCCCAGAGAAGGUCGAUGGGCGCUUUUCCACAGCCCCCCUGGUGGACCUCAGCUUGUCACCACCGUCUGGACUGGACUCCCCCAAUGGCAGCAGCCCCCUGUCCCCUGAGCGCCAGGGCAAUGGGGACCUGCCUCCACUGCCCACUGCUGCGGAUUUCCAGCCACUGCGUUAUUUGGAUGGUGUUCCCAGCUCCUUCCAGUUCUUCUUGCCCCUGGGCUCGGGGGGGGCCCUGCACCUACCUGCUUCCUCUUUCCUCACACCCCCCAAGGAUAAGUGCCUCUCACCAGAGCUGCCUCUGGCCAAGCAGCUGGUGUGUCGCUGGGCCAAGUGUAACCAGCUUUUUGAGCUCCUGCAAGACCUGGUCGACCAUGUCAAUGACCACCAUGUCAAGCCUGAGCAGGAUGCACGGUACUGCUGCCACUGGGAGGGCUGUGCCCGCCACGGCCGUGGCUUCAAUGCCAGCAGGUACAAGAUGCUCAUCCACAUCCGCACACACACCAAUGAGAAGCCCCACCGCUGCCCCACCUGCAACAAGAGCUUCUCUCGCCUGGAGAAUCUGAAGAUCCACAACCGCUCCCACACAGGUGAGAAGCCCUACAUCUGCCCCUACGAGGGAUGCAACAAGCGCUAUUCAAACUCAAGUGACCGCUUCAAGCAUACGCGUACUCACUACGUAGACAAGCCCUACUACUGCAAGAUGCCUGGCUGCCACAAGCGCUACACAGACCCCAGCUCACUGCGAAAGCACAUAAAGGCCCAUGGCCACUUUGUGUCCCAUGAGCAGCAGGAGCUCCUGCAGCUGCGCCCACCCCCGAAACCACCCCUGCCCACUCCUGACGGUAGCCCCUAUGUCAGUGGGGCUCAGAUCAUCAUCCCCAACCCUGCUGCCCUUUUUGGAGGCCCCAGUCUGCCUGGCCUGCCUCUACCUUUAGCCCCUGGCCCCCUCGACCUCAGUGCCAUGGCCUGUGGAAAUGGUGGGGGUGGUGGUGGGGGCAUGGGCCCUGGGCUGCCAGGCUCUGUUCUGCCCCUCAAUCUGGCAAAGAACCCACUGUUGCCCUCGCCCUUUGGGGCUGGUGGACUGGGCCUGCCUGUGGUUUCCCUCCUCACAGGCUCCGCUGGCGGCAAGGCUGAGGGGGAGAAAGGGCAUGGGUCAGUGCCUGCCAGGGCCCUGGGCCUGGAGGAUCACAAGACUCCCCUGGAGAGGACGGAGCACAGUCGCUCCCGGCCAACCCCUGACAGACUCCCCAUGCUGCCAGGCACUGUACUGGACCUGUCCACAGGCAGCUCGACGGCCAGCAGCCCAGAGGCAUUAACUCCUGGCUGGGUGGUCAUCCCACCAGGGUCUUUGCUGCUCAAACCAGCUGUGGUGAACUGAGCCUGGGCCACCUACCUACCACCAGCUGUGGGAGUCCAGCCAGCUGCUGUGGGCUUGUCCCAGACUAACAGAAACUCUCCUGCGAAUAGCAAUAAUAUCCUACUGCCUUGGGGAUCGUAGUGUCUGCUCCCUGGGCAGCUGUAGCCCCAGAAAAGCUGAGUGGCAAGGAUGGUGCUAGAAGGUCUUUGCUGGCUUCCUGGCUCCAGAGUGAGGACUUGGCCUGGACCUGCUGUCCAAGGAGAGCCAUGCUCUUAGGUGCUAAGGCCUCACUUCCAGUCCUCUAUCCCAUAGUUUAAAUGAGGCCUUCCUCUGCCUGUCCUCCUAGGACCCUCAGUCCUCCUGCCUCUCCCUCCCCCGCUGCCACCCGGUGCAUCCCUCUUCAUGGUCAGCCUGCACAGGUUGCCCUCUCACCCUGCCUUGCCCAUUUGCCAACUAGGGACUCCCCUCCACCCCCCUUAGUGAUCAUAGGCCCAUUUGGGAGCUCCUUGAACCCCUUUUCCUCUGGUCACUCUAUGGAGGGAAAGCAAGACAGACACAAGUCCUGGCUAAGCCCCAGAGAAAAGCUUCAUCCUCCCUGUCUAUCUAUAUGACAAGGUGCUUCUCUGCUUACAGAGCAGGGAGGCCCGCUCUAUUAGCGACCCCCUCUCUCCUGCCUGAAUCAGCACUGCCAGCAGGUCAGCAACACUCUCCAAAGAGGAGGGGUAGCUGACCACUCACCUGCCCCUGCACCUUGGGAGUAUAAAAGCAGGUCCAAAGGAUCACUGCCCUGGGGACAAGGGGUUGUCAGGACUGUGGUCCAGCCAGGCUUGGGUAGGGCUAAGCUCCAUCUUCACUACAGCUUAGCUUGGCCUAGGUAGUAUGUUACCCUCAGAGGCUCACAAGGCUUCAGUUCUACACCAAAUGGCAGAAGGCUGGAUGAAGACACCCCAGGUCUGGGGGUACCAAGUCAUGGAAUGCCAGGAAGGGCCCAAUGUCAGGGAGCUUUCUAGGAACCCUGGACUGAAAGCCUGGGGUGGAAGAGAGGCUAGGCAGCCAAUGAUAAGUCAUUGGAGGGCCCUAGCCCUCUGCUCAAGGAAAAGGUGACAAGAGGAAGAAGUCUGUACCCUGUGAUAGGGUUGCUUUGUCUGACUUCCCAGCUGAGCUCUUUUCUUCUUUUGUGGUGCCUCUCCCUGCCCAUAUUCCGAGCCAGCUCUUCCAAGGCCUGUGCUAUUCAGAAUUGGGUCUAGCACUUCUCCAAGGCUAGACUAAGCCAAGGACACUGGAGUGGAGAACCACAUGCUCCACAGCCCUACAAGGCUAGGUGCCCCAACUAUGCUGCAGAGUGGCAAAUCCCUCAUUUUCCCAUCUGUAGAACAAAAGAGCUGCUGGAACAGUAAUAGGGUCCUUAGUAGCCCUAUGGUUCUUCUGAGCAACUCUGCCUAUCCUAUUCUUUCCCAGACUGCCCUUCUGUCCCAGAAGGGUCACCCUGACCUGCCCUGCCCUACAGCUGGGCUUAGGACCCCAGCCCUAACAGGGCUUGGCUGUGCUGGCUCUACCCCUUGAAGGGGCUGUGAGUAAGGUAGGGAGCUGGUCUCCUUUCUUUCGGUCCAACAGAGGACCCAAGCCACCCCCCUGGCUCUGUUAGGGCCCUAGGCCUUAAGUCCCUGGCUGGGGGGUUAGGUUUGAGACACAAGCCCAGGAGCAGAGGAACAGGGCACUGGAAAGUGACAUUAGCUCAGCAUGUGAUUCAGUGAUAGACCAGGCUUACAAGGGCCGGUAUACUUGUUUUUGUCAGUUUGUUGUUGCACAUUCCAGGAUAUCAGUAUUUUAACAGGUUCUAAGUGCCUUUCUAUUGUAGCUUAUGUUUUUCCUCCUUGGCUCCAUUGCUGUUAGCAUAGAGUUUUAAAAAGAGAUAAGCUAAUGACUAUAACAAUAUAUUCCUCUAUGUGAGAGGAAAUUUAUAAAGAAACAAUAAAAGUGAGUUGCAAAGAUG